UCCAUUUCCUUUCGCCAAAGUUGAUCUGACCGUAUACAGUAAACAAUACUCACUGCAAUCAAAAAUCUACUCUAAAAUAAUCAUGAAGUAUGUACUAUUUUUCUCGGGAGUUGUGCUUUUUCAAAUGAUAAGCACCGCAUACGGUAGUAAAGAAUUCGCUUUAGCAUGUGCUAAAGAACUUGGAAUACCAGAAGCUACGCUCAAAGAAGGCCCUCAGGCGAAUAUGGGAAAACCAGAAUUCCGCUGUUUCGUUGCGUGUGUCAUGAAGAAGGAUGGUACACUCGAACCUGGUAAUAAAAUAAACGCGGCAGUAAUGAAGGCGCAUACAGCAGAACAUUUUGGAGGCAAAGCCGAUGCAGUUUUUGCUGCAGGAGCUGAAUGUGCUGAACAAUCUAAAGGAAUUGCCGAUGAAUGUGACUUCGUUAAUGCCAUAAAUAAAUGUAUAUUCGCCAAGAUUCCUGAUAUUGGAAAACAUUUCACACCAUAAAAUGAAUGAACGAAUUGAGACCUAAAAUAUUUUAAAAUAGAAGAGAACAAAUUAAAUAUUAACGAGAGAAAAGAGGAUACCACUGCAUGAAGAAAUUUUUUUUUUAAAAUAGCCAAUUAAUUGUAAAUUAGAAAAAAAUAAUUGUACGUUUUAAAUAACUUAUUGUAAAUUUUAAUAUCA